AAGCAAGGUUAGGUACCUAAUAACAGAGCUUCGAUUUCAAGAAAUGGGUUCAGUACUGUCGAAGAUGGAAGAGAAGGAGAUGACCUCAUACUUACAAGGCAUACAGCCUGCAUCACUGGCCAGCAUCGUCUGGGAUACUAUCAACAGUGUGGGGGUGGAUGAUGAAUCAGAAAAGUUUGGAAUCAGUUUCGAGGGGGAGAAAAAAUCGCCAAAAGUUAUGUUCUGGGACAACGGAGAAGUUACAGAGAUGCCAAGAAAAGUGUUUCUAGAGAUACUAGAAAUGAUGUCUGGCCGUGUUCUCGAGGCAUACGAAACUGAAUAUAAUAUAGAAGAGUCUCCAGAGCUGAAGUCGGGAGUGGAUAAGUUGAAGCUGGCUAAAACGCGUCUACAGAAGGAGAUCGAAUCGCUACGAGGACAUGAGGGGGCCAAAGACUACAGAAAACGGUUGGACAGUAUCCAGCGUGUUGAGGACGAAUCAAAGGCAAAAGAAAUGGUACAAGAAGUGAGACAAAGGCGAGGCAGUAUGACCUGGAGUAUAAGUGAAGACAAUUUGUUGGACGAAAGAGAGCGAAGGUUGUCCAACAAAGGUCUCGAGGGUGUAGUGGACCGUCUGCCAGAUCUACGGAGGAAAUACGAAGAUUCUAUUAAGAGGAAUCCCUUUGAAAAAGUUAGAAAAAAGAUCAUAGCACUGGGUUUAUUUGGUAGCAAGAUAAAUCCAGACAACAGAAUGGAAGACGAAGAGAUGCUUAUAUCAUCACCCCCUGAGGUUUACACAAGACGUAAACCUCUCACGAUGCUAGCUAGCCAUCAUGAGAGCCAUAGCUCCCAAUCACCAUUGCCUGAGGCUCAAGAGAAGUCUAUAAGCCCUGAGGCCUAUACUCACACGAUAGUAGAUGUCUCUAGUCUUCAUGAGAGCUAUAGCACCCAAUCAUUGUUGCCUAACGCUGAACAAGAGGAGACUAUAAGCACUGGUAAGACUACUACACUCUGGAGAGGUCACACGAUACUAGAUGUCUCUAGUCGCCAGAACUCCCUGCGUGUUGCUGAAGAUAAUGAGCUUGCAAGCAGCCCUAGUGAGAUUUCACUGAGGAGAGACUCGGUUGAGGCAAUUCUCUAGCUAUGUACGUACAAGUACCACAAACUUAUGGAUGCAACAUGAACAUGUAGAACUGUAUAAUUAUCAAGGUUGCGUUAACACUGUACAUUAAUUGAGUUAUGCGGUCAAAUAUUCACAACUACAAAAUUAUAGCAUCGAUAUGU